GAGCAGCGGUAGUAACGCCGUGGGCGUGGCUCCAAUUUCGCCGCAAAACGCCAAUGGGAAAGGGACACCUCCGAAGGCGACGCCGCACGAUACCAACGUUGAACUCAAAACCAUGAAUCCAGAACGUGCAUCUGUGAAGGGCUCAAUUCCGCUCGGGGAGGAUAUCAUGCAGAUUGCCCGGAUAGGGGAGAUUUCGGCCAUGCAAAGGAUAUUCGAGGAAAAGAAGUUGACAGCCAACCACAAGGACGAGGAAGGAAUCACACCGUUACAUGUGCGUAUCUAUCCAGUUUCCCAGUGCCUAUGUUAUCGGCGCAUUUGCUGACUGUUUGUGACUGGUCUUGCUUUAGUGGGCCGCAAUCAACAAUCAAUAUGCGAUGUGCAAGUUCUUGUUGGACUCGGGAGCGGAUGUUAACGCCAAAGGAGGAGAAUCCGUCGCUACGCCGGCGAUGUGGGCUGCCCAACGUUGCCAUUACUAUAUCGUUCACCUCCUGCUUCAGUGCGGCGCGGAUCCUCUUCUUACCGACGUUCAGGGCUACAACAUUCUACAUUUGGCAACCAUCGAUGGUAAUGCGUUCUUACUCGUGCUGCUUCUACAUCAAGAAAUACCGGUGGAUGCUAUGGAUCAACAAGGCCAUACCGGGCUGAUGUGGGCGGCAUACAAAGGGUUCCCGGCAUGCGUAGAUCUGUUUCUGCGCUGGGGCGCCAAUACCAAUGCGGUCGACGAGAGUGGAUUGACUCCUCUCCAUUGGGCAUUGGUAAAGGGAUCGCUGCCCUGCGUCCAGAAACUUAUCGAGUAUGGCGCGGAUCGGUUCUCAAAGACGAGGGAUGGCAAGGCACCGGCAACGGUAGCUUCGGAGAUGAAUACUGUGCGAGUGUGGUAUCGAGCCCUUGACGAAUGCGGUUACGAGUUUGAUGGAAACCCCAAGGCUCUUCCCAUGGGACUGGCGAGCUGGGUGCGGAACAAGAGCAUCAUGUCAAAGUUCUUUUUCCUUUGGCCGUUUCUCAUGGUAUUCGUUGCUACGUGGAUUCUCAGCAACAUGGCCAUUUAUGCGUCCAUCCCUGCAAUGCUCAUUACCGUAUUCGGCCUGCAGUAUGUUGCUCAAAAGGCUGCCAGUAAGGGUCCAUCAGAGUAUCGGGUCCUCCAGAGAACGGUAAGUUCGUGUCGCGUAUGUGUCUGGCCUUGAUGCUAACUGAAUAUAGCCCUAUUUAUCGGGAGUGUUUGCUGGGUCUCUAUUCUGGGUUGGUAUCAGAUACGUCCUUAAUGUGCUG